AUGAACUUGCUAUUAUAUUUUAUUCUGCCAGCUAUAAUAUAUUCGAAUUUCAUUCCGAAUGAAAUUCGAAUUGAUUAUCUUCCUGGUUUAGAUUUUUAUUUGAAGUUUAAUCACCAUUCUGGUUAUUUAGAUGAUUCAACAUUUUUCUGGUAAAUUUAUAAUUUUUAAAAUGAUAACCUUAUUUACAUAAGAGCAGUAAUUACAGGUUAUUCGAAUCUCAACACAUUGUACCACAUGAUCCUGUAAUAUUUUGGUUUGGCGGAGAAUGUUCAUCAUUCCUAGCAAUUUUAGAAGAAAAUGGUCCAUUUCUGCUGAACAAUGAUGGCCAUACUUUGCGAGAAAAUAAAUUUUCGUGGAAUAAAUUUAGUUCUGUUGUCUACAUUGAACAUUUUCCGUAUGGUAAAUACAAUAACAAAUCUAUAGAAGAAAAAUAUGCAAGUGCUAUCAGAAAAUUUUUUGAGGUAAAUUGUCCCUUAUUUAUGCAUUUGAAAUUCACAAUCACUCAAAUUCAGUUAAACCCUGGAUUUGCUAAACGUGAAAUAUACUUGGCUGGAAAAUCUUUGGCAGCAUUACAGUUACCUGUUGUUGCAAAUCAUUUGACAACUGGAGAUGUAAAAUUGAACAUAAAGGUUUGUUUCUUUCUUUUCUUAAUUCAACUGAAACAGCAUAUUUAGGGAUUGUUGAUUGGUAACGGAUUUUUUGGGACUCAAUUAUAUAUAGAAACAGGAUUGAUGUAUGCAUAUGCACGUGGAUUUUUAGAUGAAGAUGAAUUUAUUGAAAUGGUUGAUGGAUGUUGCAAGGGAAUAUUGAAUGAGUGUGAUUUUUAUAAAAAAAACAAUUCAGAAUGUGAGAAGAUAGUCAAUCUUUUGAAAAAACCAAAAUAUGAAGCAGUCACAGCAUAUGAUAUAACAAAACAAUGUGAAGAUAAUUCAUGGAUGAAGCAUAUUCUUGGUCAACCAAAUCCUUAUUUUAGUAACAAUAAUAGUUAUGGAAAUUCGAAGUUUUGUUAUGAUGUGCAUGAGAACAUUUAUAUGUAUUUGAACAAAUUGGACGUUCAGAAAGCGCUCAUUCUAAGAUCAUCCAUGAUAUCGGAAUGGAAACCUUGUGAAUCACUCAAUAUUGAAUCAAAACCUAAUGUUGACAUUGAACAUGAGUUCAAAAAAGUUGCUGGAAAAGGAAUCAAAACUUUAUUAUAUUAUGGAGAUGAAGAUAUGAUUAAUAUUUUUAUGAUGGGUCAGAAAUUUGCAGCAAAACUUAACUCGAGAGUUAGUUUGAUUAUUAUCUACAAUUCAUUUCAGAAAUAAUUUUCAGGCUGAAGAUGAGAAAACUGGAUGGAAGUUUAAUGGUUAUUUAGCUGGAUAUCAAACAGACUACAAUUAUAUGAAAUUUAUAACUAUUCGAGGAGCUGGACAUUCUCCAAUUAUAACACAUCCACAGGAAGUGUAUCAAAUGAUCACGAAAUUCAUUCGGGAUAAAUAA